AUGACCUCACGAAUUGACAAGACGAUUGCUCGACAACGAGAGAAGAUUGCUUCCGGAGCAUACUACGAGGCUCACCAACAAUUACGAGUUAUCGCUGCGCGGUACAUUAAACAGAGCAAUUAUGAUGCGGCGGCGGAGAUAUUGGCUGGUGGAGCCACUGCUCUCCUCCGAGCUGGUUCACAGCAGGGGGCUUCGGCUAGUGGAGGAGAUCUAGCUAUCAUGCUUGUGGUCGAGGUAUAUGUCAAAGCAGGCUGGGAGCUUGUUGGGGGCGACGACGAUGUGGAGGGUCGCGUUCGUAAGAAGCGCUUGAUCGAACUCCUACGUGAAUUCCCGUCGGAGGAGCCUACAAGGAAGAGGUUUAUUCAGGAAAUAAUUGGUUGGAGCGGGCGAUUUGGGCCGGUGGAACGAGGAGACCCGGAGCUACACCAUGCUUCUGGGACCGUGUACGCGGAAGACCAGGAGCCCUAUGAGGCCGAAAAGCAUCUUGCUUUGGGUACUUCCGAAUCGGCCGAGACACUGGCGAAACUCGAGUAUGAGUGGUACACAAACGACGAGCCGCAUACGGCGGGUCUUUACGCAGCACGCGCCGUAAUUCCAUUCCUCUUGAUUGGCAACCUGCGCAGUGCCAAUAAAGCAUUCUUGAUAUUCACAUCUCGUCUCAUCUCAGCGAACCCGAACCUUGGUGUGCAAGAAGUCAGCAGUGCGAGUUCCGACGCUCGAGUUUUCCCAGCUCUCCCGUUGUUUAACUUCCUCAAUUUGCUGCUGUUGUCGAUUCAGCGAGGCGCUGCAGAUAUGUUCAAGCAGCUAACUGCGCACUAUGCUACGCAAAUCAGAGAGGCUGGCAUCCUCGAUGAUGCACUCGCCCAAAUCGGGGAGCAAUAUUUCGCGAUCAACAUUCCUAGACAAGGAAAUCCGUUAUUGGAUAUGAUGGGGAGCAUGUUGUUCGGCGGAGGCCAGGAUGGCGCUAGAAGACCAACACAGGGAAGGAAUCAGCCAAGGAAGGUUGAAGCACCACCAACAAAUAUGGAACUUGAUUAG